GAUUUGGUCUUGAUUUGUGUGAGCUGCCCGCCCGUAGCUAGCCCAGAUCCGCCACGCUGCCGUGGACUCUUGAGAUCUUUGCGAGGAAUUCUUUACCUUUUGGUACUCGAGUGUCUGCGGGAUUUGUGUGUGUGUGUCUGUAGCUGUCUAGCUGGCAGCUAAGGUCUCUCGCCCCGGCUCUGCGCGCUCAGCCCCUCCACGGCAGCCCAGCAGUGAGACGCGCGCGCCGCCUGCUCUGCGCGGGAUGGAGAGGACCGAGGUGCUAAAGCCACAAACCCUGGCAGAUCUGAUCCGCAUGCUACGCCAGCUGUUCGCCGGCGACGAGGUCAAUGUGGAGGAGGUGCAGGCGGUCAUGGAAGCCUACGAGAGUGACCCCGCCGAGUGGGCACUGUACGCUAAAUUCGACCAGUACAGAUAUACCCGAAAUCUCGUGGAUGAAGGAAAUGGAAAAUUUAAUUUGAUGAUACUGUGUUGGGGUGAAGGACAUGGCAGCAGUAUCCAUGAUCACACCGACUCCCACUGCUUUCUGAAGAUGCUACAGGGAAAUCUAAAGGAGACACUGUUUGCCUGGCCUGACAAAAAGUCCAAUGAGAUGAUCAAGAAGUGUGAAAGAAUCUUGAGGGAAAACCAGUGUGCCUACAUCAAUGAUUCCAUUGGCUUACAUCGGGUAGAGAAUAUCAGCCACACGGAACCUGCUGUGAGCCUUCACCUGUACAGUCCACCUUUUGAUACAUGCCAUGCCUUUGAUCAAAGAACAGGACAUAAAAACAAAGUCACCAUGACAUUUCAUAGCAAAUUUGGAAUCAGGACUCCAUUUACAACUUCAGGUUCACUGGAGAACAACUAAGGAGCACCAGACGCUGUGAGGUUUUACUUUAAGGUCCGCUAAUAGUUUUGCCUUGAACAGGAAGGUCUCCUCUCAUUUGCUGUCCAGUAAUACACUUAAAUAAGCCAAUACUUAGAUCUACUGUAGGGCAGAUGCUAAUUAGAAGGCAGUAAGUAUGCAAAUAGUCCUGAGCUACUGCAGAAGAAAAAUCCCAUUAAAGAAAAAAGUCUUUGUGAUUUUAAAGACCAAAAUCAACUAUUCUCCUGACUCUAUCCUCUAAUUCCAUUGGAACCAUAUUGGAAUGUCAGUGAGGGUUUUUAUAGGUUUUGGAAACUCUUUGGUCUCUGAACUGUAAUUAGCAAUAACUAAAAACAAGAAACUAUGGACAUCAAAUAGCCUGCCUUGCUACCUGGAGGACUAAAUGUAGGUGUCUUUAAUAUACUUUGUAUGUUCCUAAUAUUUGAAGAGAAUAUUUUGAAUCUGUGGAUUUUAUUUUUUCAGUCUCAUUUUACAAAUUCCUUUUCUGUGGAUAAUAGAUUGUUGUGGACAGACAAGCUUAAGGCAUUUUGCCAUUUGGUAAUGAAAAUGUAUAGGGGAUUUAGGAAAGUACAAUUGUCUAAACACAACAAACCAAAAUAAACUCAUGUCUAAUGUAUCCAGUGGUCACAGUCAAAGACUUUGUACUGGUACCAAAAUUGCCAAAUAAUUUUAAUAAAACUGGAUUUGAACA